UGCCAUUGCAAAUUUUCUGUCUUGUUUAUGUUCAUUUCAAAAUUCACUGGCUCGACUUGGUUUGUUUGAACUUUCAAGUUUACCUUUUUAAUUUGAAUAUUAAAUGGAGCCAACGAGUGCAUCGAAGCUUCGUGGUAAAAAUUGGACCAUUGAAAUAGAUGAAGCGUUGUGUAUAGCAUGGCUGAAUGUUUCUACGGAUGCAGUGGUCGGUAUAAAUCAAAAUACUGCAAAUUUGUACAAUCGGAUCUACGAGAAUUUCAUCGAAAUAUGCACAGCUAAAGUUGUUUCAUCUAAUCCGGAACUUCGGGCACCGAAAGGUAUCAAGGCCCGCUGGCAUCAAAUUAAUAAAGCAGUUUGCAAGUUCGCUGGUUGUAUUGCGCAAAUCACCAACCAACAGCAAAGCGGAGCAUCACCUGAAGAUAUUCUUAAGCAAGCAUUGACAUUAUUUGCAUCAACGGAACAUUCAUCAUUCUCGCUAAUGCACUGCUUUAAAAUUCUGGAAAGUGCUCCAAAAUGGCAGCAAUACAAUGUAAAGGAAACAUCGAUGAAACGGAAGCUAACAGUUGGAAGUGAAACCAAUUUUGGUGGGAACGAUUAUGGAAAUGGUAAACUACAAACUGGUGAAGAGCGUCCCAAAGGACAAAAAAACAUGUAAGCAGCAGCUGAAGCAUCAACACAUACUGGACUCUACCGCAUCGAAAAUAGCGAACGCGACAAAACUAUUAGCACAGGUGGCCCAAGAAAAACUUACAACCGUCACACAAAGGAAUUUUACGCUAAGUAGAAUGGUUGACCAUUCUGUCAUGUCAAUAGAUUUCAGUAAGUUGAGUGAACAUGCAAAAGAAUAUUACAUGCUCGAACAACGACGGAUCCUAAAAGAGGCACAAUCCAAAAUAUUAGCAAAUAAUGUUACCGAAGAAGAAGAAAGCAUGAAUAUUGAAGUUUCACUGUCAGAAGAAGAAUCAGAUGGUCCUUUCUAAAACAAUGCUUGACUGAUUAAAAUGACAACCAAAGAAGAUUGGUAUUUAAUACAGUGAACAAAUUUAUUUCGCAUAAUUCACUAACAAUAAAAUGUCAAUACCAAAAACCAAAGAAAACCCAACAACAGUUAUUCUUCUUCGCCCCUCAUAUUCCAUAAAUGUUCAAUUAGAUCAUUUCGCAAUUGAUAGUGCAUUGCUGUAUCAUGAACCUGCUUAUAGCGAGUUAAAAAGGCACUGAAAUGUAGUUUCGAACACAUAGGUACAUUUGUAGUCACGUUUUCGUAAGAAAACAUAUAAUCAAAGGUAUCUACAUUUUCUCUUCCAUCCUCUAUGAUCAUAUUAUGUAGAAUAAUGCAUGUACGCAUUAUACUCCUGAGAUCGUCUUUAUUCCACAGCCUUGCACCGAAUGCCCGCUCGACGUCUUUUCUAACUGCUUCUUGCAUUUUUGCGAAGUGCUG